AUGGUCCGUUCCGUCACCUUCGAGAUUAGGUGGCAUGACACCCAGCCCAUUUACAGCUGCUCCUUUCAGCCUCUCCCUGCCAACCAUCUCAGGCGUGUUCUCGACCACAACAUGGGUCAAGCUGCCGGCCUCGCACCUGGCAAAGGCCUGUCAGAGAUCGAGUCUUCGUCUCUUUCAACCAGUACCACAGCCGCUGGUCCCAUAGCCUCAUCAUCAAAGCUCGCUCAACCGCCUGUCAUGGCGGGCGGUCAAAGUUGGAGGCUAGCUACUGCCGGCGGUGACAACAAUGCGCGCAUCUGGAUGGUACACCCCAACAUCCCAUCUCCUGCUGCAAUGGCGAGCGCUGCCGCCGUUUCGGGUUCUGCUGUCGUCGCACCACAUCCACCUCGCGUCGAAUACCUCGCUACACUUCAGAGACACUCAGGCGUGGUCAACGUCGUUCGAUUCUGCCCCAAGGGCGAGUUGCUCGCAACUGCAGGCGAUGACGGCAACGUUCUCUUCUGGGUCCCCAGUGACCGCAGCAAACCUGGCUUCGGUGAUGCCUCUUCCCUCGAAGGCGAAAGUCAGUUUGAGAAAGAGUUUUGGCGAGUCAAACUGAUGUGUCGUGCCACCCAGCAAGAACUCUACGACAUGGCAUGGAGUCCCAACGGCGAAACGCUGGCUGUAGGUGGCACCGACUUUGUCGCGCGCAUCAUCAAUGUCCAAGAUGGCCACGUCAUUCGCGAAAUUUCGGAGCACAAUCACUACGUACAAGGCAUUGCCUGGGAUCCUCUCAACGAGUUCAUCGCAACGCAGAGCAGCGACCGCACCGUCCAUGUCCACAACCUGCAAACACGUCGACAUGACCGUGAUCGUGACGUCAACGAAAAAGCUGCUACCAGCUCCGCAGACGCUGGAAUCACUUCCUCGCAGCUCGUGAGCAAAAACGCCAAGCUUGACCUCCAUCGUAGAAAUGGCAGCUCGGGUGGCUUUGUGUGGGAUCAGUACUACUCCAAGCCUGCCUUGCCCAGACGCACCAGCAGCCAUGCUAGCCAAGCUAGCGACGGAGAAGGCGCCAGGGAAAGCUUUGUGGCCAGUCUUCGAGGUAGGUCCAAACGCGGUAGCACGCCCAUCGACUUGGCCCACACCAGCGCCGCUGUUGCCCGCUCCGUUACUCCGUCCGCCGCGGCAGUGUCUUCCAGUUCAUCGGUCUCGGCUGCGACGGCUGCCGCGCGUGCGAGCACUCCCACGCCUGUCGCUUCGGUGCCGCCCAGUCCUUUCUCCACCAACAGCGCCGCUGUCACCGCCCAUGCCAUGAAUCCACCGCAGACCACACCCAGCCGCCGAUCCAGCUUCAGCGGAAGCAAUUUUGACGUCGGCUCACCACCUACGAGCACCACCUCGCUUGCACCGGCUUCCACUUUGGCCGCUUCGCACGGCGUCAAGCCGGGAGCCACCUCCACCGAGCAUAGUUUGUCGGUGACCAGUGGCGCAGCUGCCGGCGAUGCGGGUCGCAGAGGUGGUAGUGUAAGUCGCUCGGCUUCACGGACACGCAGCAUACGCUCUCCCUCACCUAUCCCACCUUUGCCCGCCAUUCGAGCGCCACCUUCGCCCAAGCAACGCAUGCAAGCAGCAGCGGCAUCAGGUCUUGGAGGUCCGCUCGCGAAAGCAUCGAUGCGUUUGUACGGUGACGAAAACUUUAGCGGCUUUUUCCGUCGCCUUUCCUUCAGUCCCGAUGGUGGUCUGCUAGUGACACCCAGCGGUCUUUUCGAUCCGCCUCCGCCACCAGCAUCUCCGACAGUCAACCUCUCGUCGCCCAGAAAAAGCCCGGCGGCACUCAAUUCUACAAGUGCUACUGCUACUGCUGCGGCUGCGGCUGCGGCUGCGGCUGCUGCCAGCUCAAGCCCUCAGCUGGGCCCAGCCAACAAGAGUGCCGUCUAUCUUUACGCAAGAGGCAAUUUCGCUCGGUCCAAUUCGCCCAUUGCAGUUCUACCCGGUCACAAGACGGCGACGCUCGUGGUGCGAUUCUCGCCGAUUCUGUACGAGUUGCGCAGAACGCCGCGCGCUUCGUUGGGAGCAGACGACGAUGAAGGUAUUGCACCUCAUCCAACGAUCCCGCUCGAAGCCGGCAAGCAAAAGACCGUGUCUCUCCGAAUGGAACCGUCGCGCAGUGCGUUUUCGCCUUCUCUCGGUGCGACGCAGACCAAGGAUUUCUCGGUGCCGUCCGCAUCUCCAUCGCAAUCAGACAAGCCCUCAGCCAACAUGACUCGUCAAGACGCCCGCUCGCCUCCGCGCGGGAUCAGCGUCAUUGGGCUCCCCUAUCGUAUGGUCUAUGCGGUAGCCACCCAAGAUAGCGUCUGGAUUUAUGACACACAGCAGACAGGUCCGAUCUGCUGUUUCAGCAAUAUGCACUAUGCAAGCUUCACCGAUCUCACCUGGUCACCUGACGGACAGACGCUCAUGAUGUCGUCCACCGACGGCUACUGUUCUGUGGUGGUGUUUGACUAUGCAGAAUUGGGUGUGCCGUAUGCAUUCUCUGCUCAGCCGGCGCUGAAGGCUCCUGCUCCCGGUGUGCCAGCUCCUGCGCAUAUUGCGGAAGGCAAGUCGACAGGCUCGGCGCCGAAUACGCCCAAGAUGGCCAGCCCAGCCGUGCUUGCCCCUGCAGCAGCUGGUAGUGGUGUGGGAUCUGCAGCUGAAGCAUACGCAUCUGCUAUCGCGUCGACGCCAGCAGGGUUGGGUCUGGCUAUGCCGGCUCACUCGUCAGCGUCCGCAUCCGCGCCAAGUACGACAGCCGAAGCGAGCACAAACGAUGCCAACGAAGCACCAAAGAAGAAGCGCAGAAUUGCGCCCACGUUGGAACGUCCUCUUGGCUCUUGA